GCGAUACAAUUGUUCUUCUUUAAAAACAAAUACCCAGGGCAUAAGGAUCAUGUUCUUUUAAAAUUAAUUUAUGCCAUAUGCACGUCGAAAUGAAAAGGUUUUAAAUUCUUCUCUACAAUUCUCAUUCUACCUGAAACACAGUUUUACUUGGUGAAAGCAUCAUAGACCGAGGCAAUCGGCAUUUUCUCUACUAAAUUUUGCAUCCUACUUUACCAUCUUGCAGGGCGCAAUGAAAAGGCCCAUAAACUCGGUGACUCGUCCGCGCCUGACUCGGCUUCUCAUUUUCAUCGCCGUCGUUAGUCUCUGGACGCCCAAGUGGCCUCAAAUCGAAGCCAACGCUGAACAGUUUCUCAAUGGAUUCAAAGCCAGCCCUGAUCCAUCCAUCCCAUCGUUCCAACCUCUACUCAACGAUUCCACCGGCCAAUUCUCACUGGGUUUCCUCCGAGUCAACCGCACUCAGCUAGCCCUCGCAGUCGUCCACGUCUCUUCCACAGAACCCCUUUGGCAAGCCAACAUGACUCGCUUGCCUCGCUGGUCCGAACCAACCCAGCUCACUUUUAACGGCAGCCUCGUUAUUUCCGAUCCCCACUCGGAGGUGUUUUGGUCGACCAGAUCGACGGGCGACCGAGUCCGGCUCCUCAACACUUCCAAUCUGCAGGUUCAGAAACUCGACGGAUCCCUUUCCGUCGUCUGGCAAAGUUUCGACUUCCCCACAGAUACCCUUGUGGACAACCAAAAUUUCACGGCCGAUAUGUCCCUGGUUUCUUCAAAUGGAGUAUACUUUAUGAGACUCGGAGACAAUUUUCUGGGUUUAUACGCAAAUUUUAAACACGAACAGAACUCGGAUCAGAUUUAUUGGAGGCACAGAGCAUUAGAAGCCAAAGCAGACAUAAUCGCAGGCAAGGGUCGGAUCUACGCCCGAAUCAGCUCCGACGGGUAUUUGGGUAUGUACCAAACCGAAGACACCCCCGUUGACGUGGAAGCUUUCGACACUUUCCAGCGAACCGUCCCCGGAAUUCUCCGCCUCCGGUUGGAACCGGAUGGUAACCUCAAAGGAUAUUACUUGGACGGUUCAAUCUGGGUCCUGGCCUACCAGGCUAUUCAGGACGAGUGCGACCUUCCCAGUCGGUGCGGCCCUUACAGUCUCUGCCAGCCCGGCGGCGGCUGUUCCUGUCUGGAUAACCGUACGGACCAUACAGUCGGAGAGUGCUCGCCGGCGGGUGCCGGCGACCUAUGUGGUGACGCAGAAGGGGAAAAUGAGCAAAACGAGACCUGGGUUUUCACAAGGAGAGGCGUUGAUUUGGCGUACAAGGAGCUGAUGAGGUUUGAGAAAAUGGGAUCUGUGGAGGAAUGCGAGAGCGCUUGCGAGAGGAAUUGUAGCUGUUGGGGUGUCGUAUUCAACAACGCAUCUGGGUUUUGUUAUGCUGUGGAUUAUCCAAUACAGACGCUGAUUGGUGUGGGCGAUGAGGGCAAGGUGGGUUAUUUUAAGGUGUGGAAAGGAGCGAGGAAGAAGGUGAAAGGCGUGGUGGGUUUGAGGGUUGGGUUGGGGUUGUUGGGUGGUGCAGCGGUAUCAUUUUUAGCGGUGAUAGGCGUUGGGAGCUACAGGAUGCGGCGGAGGAAGAGAGAGAUCGGCGGCCAUGCGGCGGAGGAUGGUGGAGAAAAUACUGGUCGGUACAAGACUUUGGGUUCGGCCAGUUUUCGGUCCUUGGAGCUCUCUAAUAGAUGACGCAAGGGGUGAGGUGUUUUUGUUAACUGAUCUGACAUUGUUUAGACUUUAGAAUGGAGAAGAAUGCUUCACCUCUGCCAUUUUAUUGUCUUAAAUAUUGAUCAAACUCCUUGUUAUUAAAAUGAUUCUAUGGUGGCUCGUGGGUCAUUUAUAUUCAAUAAUGCAUUUACAUUUAUCUAACAUAAUUAAAUUA